GGCAACACUGUGAGGACGAAGGCACGGUGGCCCCGCCCCCGUCCCACCGUUGACCUGGUAACCAGCAGAGCGUCGUGGAGAUAAACUGUGUCUGUUGUCCCAAUCACUGCAGCUUACUGCUACACACCCCGGCUUCUGUCUGCCUGUUGGGCCCGAAACAACUCCUGGAAACCAUUAAGACCGACCAUACAACGGCUGUUUGUUGAGACUCUGUGAACAACCUUCUUUGAAUCCCUCCACGCAUAAUGAGAGGCGAGGAUGCCAGCAAGUGAGAGUGAAGCCCGGGCAAAGACCAGGGACCGGUUCAAUGAGGUCCUCAAGAAGUACACCGACCCGCAGCCAGGGAAGAAGAAGGUGAAGAAGAAGAGCUCCGAGCCCCAGAGUGAGAGCAUCGUGCUCCAGACUCUGAAGAAGAACCUGGAGAAGGACACGGAGGACGACGAGACGGUCCUCCAGAACACGUACCGCCCUGAACAGGGCAGCCCUCGCUUCACCAAGAACCGGCGGCGAGAGAGGGAGGCCGUCGAGAAGGUCCUCAACGUCCACCAUGACGAAGAGGAGCCUCCCCAGCCCUCCAAGGGCAAGAGGAAGAGCAAACGGGAGCUGCCUCCGUCUCCGGACGUCCCGCCGGGCUGCGACCAACCGGAGGACGGCUCAGCCGGUGCAGAGGACCCGGAGCUAGGCCGCCUCGAGGGACGGGAGGAGGGCAGGAGGCCCAGCAGGAAGGGAAGGAGGGACCGAGGGGCCGGGGGGGGCGUGGAGGCAGCACGCCCGCAGGCGGACCCCGAGGAUGAGCUCCUGCAACGGUACCGGCAGCGGAUCAGCCGGGAGGAGGAGGCCGAGGGGACCUUCGCCCCCAACGCCGUCGCACUCAACAACGACGUCGGGAAGAGGAAGAAGAAGAAGCUGAAAUCGGCUGGCCCCGAGUCGGACCUGGGGGACCUCGAUGGAGAGGCAGAGCAGGGGGCCAGUGACACGCAUAACACAUUGGACGCUAGAGGGAAGAGGAGGAGGAAGAAAAAGCAAGUGGUGGUGGAGGCCGGGGAGGCGGAGGCGGAGUUGCCGCAGCGACCGGCCCUGGAUGACAGCCUUGUGCUGGGCGUGUACGUCCACCGGACGGACCGGCUGAAGACAGACCUGCGCCUCUCCCACCCCAUGGUGAAGGUCCACGUGGUGGACGAGCUGACGGGGCAGUACGUGAGGAAGGAGGACAGCAAUCGACCGGUGUCGUCGUUCUACGAGCAGGAGUGCGUGGAGCAUGUUCUGCCCAUCAUGACCCAGCCGUUCCACUUCAAGAAGAACAAGUCCACCAUCCCGGAGUGGGAGGAGCAGAUCAUCUUCAACGAGCGCUUGGGACACUUCCUGCAGGACCGCGGCGACGCGCCACGGGUCAUACUCUUCUUCGAGGUGCUGGACUUCAUGACCAUGGAGGAAGCCAAAGCCCACGAUGUAGGCAAGCAGGAGAGAGGGUUCCGGAAGGUGGCCUGGGCGUUCCUUAAGCUGGUGGGAACCAAUGGCGUGCUGAACGUGGACAGUAAGCUCCGCCUCCAGCUCUUCUGCCCGCCGGCCAGGGCCAAACCGCAGCCCAAAGCCAUCGAGGUGGUGGAGUGGUGGAAGAGGUAUCCCCGCAACAGAUACACCUCCACCCUCUACGUCACCGUCAAGGGCCUCAAACUCCCAGAGCAUGUGGACCCCAGCAUGCGCUCCAUGAUGGCCCUGCAGGAGGAGCGAGGCAGCACCUCCUACAGCGAGCUCCAGAGUGAGGUGACCAGGAGGAGCCUGCCCCAGCCCGCCGAGCAGAGCCAGGCCUCCGUGUUCAGGUGGAGCAGGAUGCCAGGCCAGCUGUGUCGGAUCCCCAACAAGCCCGUGCUGUCGUUCCGGGGCGGGCACAUGGGCUGCUUCACCGUGCGCUUCUCCCACGGCGGGACGGUGCUGGCUGCGGCCUGCGCUGACAGAGACGCCUUCCCUGUCAUCGUGUAUGAGAUUCCCUCUGGCACCGUGCUGGCGGUGUUCAGCGGCCACCUGAGCGUUGUGUACGACCUCUGCUGGUCCAGAGACGACCGCAGCCUCCUGUCCGCCUCCUCCGACGGCACCGUGAGGGAGUGGAACGUGGACCGGCUCCUAGGGAUCGCCCAGAAGGUGCUGCCCCACCCAUCCUUCGUGUACAGCGCCCGCUACCACCCGGCCGCGCCCCACCUGGUGGUGACCGGGGGUUAUGACGGCCUGCUGAGGGCGUGGCGUGUGGACGGCCACGACGUCAACGGCCAGCUGCUGCAGGAGCUGGAGGGGCACGGCAGCUUCAUCAACGCCGUGUGCUUCGACUGCGAAGGAACAAGGCUGUUCUCUGCGGAUAACAGCGGGGUGAUCAUCGUGUGGAGGACGCCGGUGGCAGACGGAGCUGGGGGGAAGCCCUGUGAGGACUGGAGCAUAGAGAAGAGGAUCGAGGAGAGGGACCUCGGGGGGACGCCCAUCAACCUGCUGGAGGUGCAUCCCAACGGCCGCCGGCUGCUCAUCCAUGCCAAGGAUAGCGUGCUGAGGGUCAUGGACCUCAGGAUCCUGGCCAUGAAGAGAUACACGGGAGCCACCAACUACAGAGAGAGGAUCUACAGCACCUUCUCCCCCUGUGGGAGCUUCCUCUUCUCCGGCAGCGAGGACGGCAUGGCCUACGUCUGGAACGCUGAAACGGGCGACCAGGUGGCGGUGUACUCGGAGCUGUGCUACCCGACCGCCCUGCGCGGCGUGGCGUUCCACCCCCACGAGAACAUGGUGGCCUUCUGCGCCUUCGGUCCGAGCCAGCCCAUCCUGGUCUACCUGUACGACCGCAAAGUGUCCCAGCUGGAGGCCCAGACCAUGAGAGAGGGCAGCCGGGCCGCCCCCACGGACACCAGCACCAGGACCGCCGAGCCCAUGGCCGCCCUGCUGGACCGGACGGCCUCCUCGCCUACCGACCGCUUCGCACAGACGGCCAGGCUGUCGCUGAAGAUGCAGCGUGUCAAAGACAAGCUGGACUCUGUCCUGGACCCGCAUCGGAGCGCCUCCACUCCUGGGUACCUGUCUGAUCAAGACCGAGUUUCCUUGGACUAUGCAGGGAGGAGUCGGACGCUGGAUUUUGCUUCUGCUGCUACGGGCCUGGGCUCCUCGCUGCCGCCUCCGUCGCUGCUGUCUCCCCACUCCAAGCUGCACCUCUCCGGGGCCCUGGCAGAACAACUCAUCCCCCAGGCGGCCCUCAGCUGCCAGCACCGGGGCUUCAGUCCAGUGGGCCAUCGCUUGAAAGGAGCUGGGUCGCUACAGACGCGCCGCCCCGUCUCUUCUGGACCCCUACUGGAGAGGGACUCUGCAGCAGGUCACCCCACUGUGGUCUCGCUGUACGACUACACCGCCGACCGCUCGGACGAACUGACCCUCCAGAGGGGCGACGUCAUCCAAGUGCUCUACAAAGACAACCACAACUGGUGGUUCGGAUGUCUGGCCAAUGGGCACCAGGGAUACUUCCCGGCGACGUACGCUGCAGAUGAGAGAGAGUUCAACGAAGACAUGGACGCCCUUCAAACGCCACUUGCCACUGGGUCAGAUGGCCCCGGGGGUGAAAGGGCAACGCCAACCAAGGUGUCAGCUGCCAUCAGUUCUUCUGGAGAGCUCCGCUUUCUUUCUGAGCAGGACACGGAGCCAGAGCUGACCACCACCAAAAGAGCUCCGAGGAAGAAGAAAGUGAAGCGGCACGCCGCCCCCCCGCCCUCCGCGUCGUCAGAUCCGGAAGCAUCCGGGCCCUCUGGGCGGCGAGCCAGGCCGCUGCCGGAGAGGCCCCGGGGCCGGGCCAACGGGGCCUUUGAGUCGGACGCCUAGCCGGGGAAAAGCUGUUGGAAGUACUGUUUUGUAUUUUUUAGGUAAAUAAGUGUUGUCUUACCGUUUAGCAUCAAACAAUCCAGGUGAUUGUGAAAUGUGCAUCUUUAUAUAUGUUUAUCAUUGCAAGCAAAUGGAUUCGUCAGUUUUUAUUACAUUUUUAAGGUUGAAUUCUGAGCUUGGUCUUGACAUUUUCUAACAUGUAUCGAUAGUGUGUCUGUCGCGUAUAAAGAUUUCUAGUUGAGAGUAUAUUUGUUUCCAACAAAGCAAAAAUAUUUGCAUUCCAAUGUACUUCUCUUCCGUUUACCUUCAGCCUAAUCUUAAACCAAAGAGUUUUAAAUAAAAGAUUUGAAAUGUU